AUUAGCCAAUUGCUAGCAACUACGCAUAGUUAACCAUGAGAAACUUGGUCGCACACAAAUCAUGCUUCCUUUUCCUCUUCCUCCUCCUCCUCUUCACAAGCCAGUUCUCAUCGGCUACCAAGAAAACCUUCAACAGGGACCAACCAUGCAAGAGGUUUGUCCUCUACUUCCAUGACAUACUCUUUGGUGGCAACGACGUGGCCAACGCAACGUCUGCAGCGGUCGCUAACGAGACGGGGCUUGGCAACUUCAAGUUUGGGAAGUUGUUCGUAUUCGACGACCCGAUGACGAAAGAUAAAAAUUAUCUCUCCCCAGCGGUCGCUAGAGCUCAAGGCUUCUAUUUCUACGACAUGAAGAAUGACUACAAUGCAUGGUUCGCCUACUCUUUGGUGUUCAAUUCGACAGAACAUAAGGGAACUUUGAACAUAAUGGGUGCAGAUAUAAUGGCGGCUCAAACUAGGGAUCUUUCCAUCGUGGGCGGAACCGGAGAUUUCUUCAUGGCGAGAGGCAUCGCAACCUUCGAGACCGAUCUUUUUCAAGGAGCCAAGUAUUUUCGCAUCAAAAUGGACAUCAAACUGUAUGAGUGUUAUUAGACACGCUUUGUACCUCGAGGGUUGAAUUCUAGCGAGGACUUUUGUUUAUCAUUGUCUAUUAGGAAUAAAACCGCUAUCUCAUUUUGUUCGAAUACAUAUAAGAACUUAUUGUAUGGAAGAUCCGUCUUUCAUGUUUAAUAAUUAAAUAAAAUCUCCAUGCGCAAUCUCUGUAUUUUGUGAAGUGAUCUGGUUGAAACACCUAGUAAAAAGAAGCAGCAUAUUGCCUAAUUUUAGUAA